UUUCUGAGUCUAUAUGAUUCUGCGCUCUUGGUAAAUAGAGAUACAACUCUUUAUUAAAAUAUUGCAUUAACUGGCUGUCCACUAGUGUGGGCUUACUAGCGCGAAUUCCUUUUCGCACAGUCAAAUUUGAUAGAUAUAAAGUCUAGAUGGUGCAUCUUCUGUACAGAUUUACUACAUUAUAAGACUCCCAGUGUGUGCUCACUCUUUUGGCUCAGUUGUUUUGAUAUCUUAUAUUUCCUCCACAGGAAACUUCUAAAGAAGAAUACACGUGUCAAACUUAUACUAUAAGGUAAUACUUUCACUUCUUCUCUUCUCUAUAUCCCAGACUUCAAGUCACUGUUUGGUUAAUCCAGGCGUCAGGGCUUCAAUAAUUGGCGACUAAGCAUGAAAAUUAUCACACGAUGCGAUGUGAGAAAAUUUGCCUUCAUGUCCUCUUCUCCUUUCUUCUUUUCCUUCUUCUUUUUCUUUUCUGUUCUUCUUCCUCUCCUAUACCAGACCAUCCUCCUCCAUUUGACCUCAAGAGAUUGUGCCUCGAUUACGUUCUUCAAGUACUCGUUCUCACACAGCCAUUGCCCGCUCCCUUCUUCAUCAUAUAUCUUGCGUGCGAACAUUCCAGUCUUCAAUCAUGAAUGAUAUUGACCUCCUUCCAGCCACUUUAUCGGGUGUGACCUCGACUCUGGGGGCGUUAGGUCUCUCUGUUGAAACCCCAGAGUCGAGGUUCGAGCUGCUUGCGGCGGAGCUGCUCAGCCAAAUAUUCGAUUAUUUGGACACAGAUGAUAUCAGCAACGUUCGCCUGACUUGUCGGGUAUUCGCCAACGCUUGCAUUCGAUACCUGCCCAGAAAGUGCGCGGUUAGCUGCACGAAGGCCGGUCUUGAGAGGAUCGAAUAUAUAGCCUCACACCCGCUCAUCUCUCAACGCAUCCAGUCUCUUACAGUAGACUGCAGCCAAUUUUGGACCCUCGUUCACGGACGACCAAACCAAUCAUGGGACUAUAUACCUGCAGUUGGCCCCGAAGAAUUUCCGUGGUGUGAAGCAUACAAGAGAAUAUGGGAAGAGCAGAGACAGAUAAAACAAACUGGGAAAGAUAACGAUAUUAUUUCCCAGGCUAUUCCACAUUUAAAGAAUCUAAAAUCUGUCCGCCUCUGCAUGGGCAGAUUCAGCGAAGACGGACGCUUGCACCGGGAAACUUACAACUCGGCGUUGGGACACUUCAGCUUUUCCUAUGAUAGGCCUGUUUCUUGCAGCAUUCUUCAGUAUCUAAUGGUCAUGGAAUCUUUACGUGAUGCGAGAAUCAAGGUGGAAUCUCUCGAGUUACUCGAUGUUUCUUAUGGGAUAUUCUACCCUAUCAGCCGAAUAAUUGGGGGAAUGGAGGCCAAUUUCGAGCAUCUUACCAACUUGUCCAUCCGCGUUCAAGUUCACCCCGACAAAGUGAUGAACUCUGCAGAAGGGAAACCAGAGCUUGGACGGGUUCUAUCUUACGGCGUGCUGGCAGGAUACCUUGAAACGGCUACACGCUUACGUUCCUUAUCACUCUCAUCCAAGGAUGACCAUGGAGGAAGAAUGAUGGUUUGUGAUAACGCAUUUUCUUCAAAUAUCACUUGGGAGCAUUUGCAUACUCUCACACUCGAUAAUGUCUGGAUCGCAGAGCAUAUACUAGUUGGUUUAGCUACCCGCCACUGCAAGACGCUGAAGAACUUGACGUUGCACAAAAUUAUUCUCUGCGGUUCGUGGUUCACUGCCUUUCCCGCUAUUCGCGAGGUUUCUUCUCUUGAAAAGGCUGUUGUUUAUGGCUGGAUUGGAAAUCCAGUGGGUGAAUAUGCCCGGCGUGAACACUGGAGACUUGGUGUCUAUCCCGAUAGAGAGUUUGACACACCUUGGGGAGACGACGCAAGAGAGCACAGACUUGGACUCCGGGUUGCAUCAUUCCUGUGCAGAGAUCCAGGGGUGAUUGCACUGCCAUUGGAUUAUUUAAACAUGACUAGGCACUUUUGAGGAAAUGCAGGAAGCAGUAGCAUGAGCCGUCAACUUUUGAUGUCAAUCAGUUCCUUGCAUUUCAAUGUUAAUUCACCGAGACAAGAGUUGAUCCCUGCGACUAUGCCAAAUGUACACGUUAUAAUUUAACUACCAGGAGUCGGAGAUAAGCCCUGUUCAAUGCAUGCUGCCACGAUGAAGGAGGGCAACCUUGUUGCUCAACCGUCUUCCUUAAAG